AUGGGAUUGUUUCAUCUUGGCUUUCUUGUGGUGUAUAUUUCGCCUCCACUUCUCAGUGGAUUUACAUGUGCGUCCGCCUUCCAUGUGCUUUUGAGCCAGCUAAAUGGACUUUUUGGAAUUCAAAUGAAGUCUGCUACAGGGCCAGGACGCUUGCCUUAUACAGUGUAUAACUUCUUCGCGGCAAUCACAACCAUCCACCUGGUCACCAUCCUCAUUUCUACGGCGUGUAUCCUCAUACUUGUGGCGUUCAGAUUUUUCCUUAAUCCGAGGAUCGAGGCAAAAAUCAGGUUUCCUUUCCCUGUGGAACUUAUAGUGCUUAUAAUAGCCACUGUGGUGUCCUAUUUUGUACAGUUAGAAGCGAAGUACAACGUCAGAAUUGUCGGUCCUCUACCUAAUGGGUUGCCCCAACCCGUUUUGCCGGACUUCACGAUCGUACCAGAAAUUUUCUUGGAAGCCGUUAUCGUGUCACUUGUAGCAGUCACUACUACCGUGUCUUUGGUCAAAUUAUACGCAACUCGAUUCGGGUACGGUGUGCACUACACUCAGGAAAUGCUCGCUCUUGGAAUGUCAAACAUUUUUGGUGGAUUCUUACGCUGUCAUACUGCGUCUGCAGCCCUUGCCCGUACUAGUGUGUCGGUUAAUGCUGGAAUGCAAUCACAAAUCGCAUCGUUGAUAUCUUGCGUUAUGCUUCUCCUGGUACUGACCGUCAUUGGCCCGGUGUUGCAAUCAGUGCCCAUGUGUGUUCUAUCCUCGUUGAUUACCGUCUCAUUGACUGGAGUUUUUGCCCAAGUUAUGGAUAUCCCGAAGUUAUACCGAAUUUCUACUUUUGAUCUGGUAGGUCCGAGUCACACAUGUCCAGUUUUCAUGACCCAGCCUUACCACUGUCUAGCGGAUUGUUGA